CAAGAGAGCGCGAGUAACACAGUGAGGCAGCAGCCGUCCCAAGGAAGUACGAGGAAAGACGACAAGAAGAAAAAACUAUGUCCGGCAAAUGUAAGCGCCAACAAGAUGAAGUGAGGCCCAGGUGCACAAGAGAAACACAGCCCAGACCCAUGAGGACAACGCUAGUGUGUGUGGCUCUCUUGCUGUUCUCCCCGUCACUCAGUUCGGUUCUUGAAUCUGAUCAAGCCUGUCAUGUGUGUGCUGCCCGAAGUCAGCACACCCGACAGGAAGGUAACUGACAAUGCCGAUAGCAGAAAACCAUCCUCUGCGUGCGACACUCUGGCUCCUUCCAUUACCAUUCAGAUUCCGUUCAAGGAGAAGAUCUUGUGGACGGCCAUCUCGCUGUUCAUCUUUCUGGUGUGCUGCCAGAUCCCCCUCUACGGCAUCAUGACGUCCAAGUCAGCCGACCCUUUUUACUGGAUGAGGGUCAUUCUGGCCAGCAACAGGGGCACCCUCAUGGAACUCGGCAUCAGCCCAAUCGUCACCAGUGGCAUGGUCAUGCAGCUCCUCGCCGGCAGCAAAAUCAUCGACGUCGAUCAGAGCCUCAAGGAAGACAGGGCACUCUUCAGUGGAGCACAGAAACGUACGGACGCACGCACCCACGGGGACAUCAAACACGCACGACUCAAUGCCUUUGGGUUCAUUGUUUUCAGUGUUCGGAAUGCUGAUAACGAUUGGCGAGGCGAUAGCGUAUGUGGUCAGCGGGAUGUAUGGCGACCUCAAGGAGCUGGGCGCGGGCAACGCCAUUCUGAUCAUCCUGCAGCUCUUCUUCGCGGGGCUGAUCGUCAUCAUCCUGGAUGAACUCCUCCAGAAAGGCUAUGGGCUGGGCAGCGGCAUCUCUUUAUUCAUCGCAACCAACAUUUGCGAGUCCAUCGUCUGGAAGGUGAGCGCAGCUGCGCGCGCUCAGGCGCGCAAGGUGCACACGUAUGUUGUGUGUAUGGUACCAUGUGCAGGCGUUCAGCCCCACUACGAUCAACACGGGCAAAGGCACAGAGUUUGAGGGCGCCGUCAUAGCGCUUUUCCACCUGCUCGUCACCAAGGAAAACAAAGUGGCAGCUGUCAGAGAGGUGAACCAAAACCAAGGCACUCGUGCGCACAUGCCGCCAAGUCGCAUCCUCUCGCCCCAUGUCUUCGUUGCAGGCCUUCUACCGCAGCAAUGCUCCCAACGUGACGAAUCUGUUGGCGACAGUGUUGGUGUUUCUGAUAGUCAUCUACUUCCAGGGGUUCCGUGUGGACCUGGCUGUCAAGUACCAGAAGGUCCGCGGGCAGCAGGGGUCCUACCCCAUCAAGCUGUUCUACACCUCAAACAUUCCUAUCAUCCUCCAAACGGCACUGGUCGAAUGGGCGACACACACCUUCACACGCAGAGGAAGGAGGGAGAGAGAGGGAGGGGAAGGGGAACAUAUGUGGAAACGUGUACGUGCAUGUAGGUGUCGAAUUUGUACUUCUUCUCGCAACUGCUGUAUCGUCGGUUCAAGUCCAACAUGCUCGUCAAUCUGCUAGGACAGUGGCAGGUCCGGAAGACAUGUGGUGCAGGAACCAUCAACCGAUGGCUGUUUGCCCGCUUCUGUCAGGAUAUGGACCAAAUGGGUCACUCGGUGCCUGUGGGCGGCCUCGCCUACUACAUCUCACCACCAGAGUCACUGCAGAAAAUCGGUACAACAUAUGGCAAAGCAAUACGGGUCAAUCGGUGUCAACACAUUGUGGCCCUUUAUCGAUCACUCAGUGGAUGACCCAGUGCAUGCCUUUGUGUACAUCGCAUUCGUUCUCGUGUCGUGCGCGCUGUUCUCGAAGGUCAGCCAACCAGGCAUGCAGUCAGCCAAACAUGACCAUGUUCUCUUUGUGGCCUUGUUGGCUGCCUGUCAUGUGCCAUGGAUGCAUCCAUCAGACAUGGAUAGAGGUGAGCGGUUCGUCAGCCCGUGACGUGGCCAAGCAGCUGCGGGACCAACAGAUGGUCAUGAAAGGACACAGAGACUCCUCACUCGUCCAAGUACUCAACAGGUACGAUCCAUCUGUCUGACAAACGCCGGGCGCACUUCCAACGUGUUUCUACUACUGUUGUGCCUGUCUGUCUGUCUGUCUUUGUGUGUGUAGGUAUAUUCCGACAGCUGCGGCGUUUGGCGGGAUGUGCAUCGGGGCGCUGACCAUCGUGGCUGACUUCCUCGGCGCCAUCGGAUCGGGAACAGGUCUGGUGCACAGUGUACCGCAGUGCAGGGUGUGCAAGUCCAUGUAUAGGUGUGCGUGUACAUGUGUGGUGUGUAGGCAUCUUGUUGGCGGUGACGAUCAUCUACCAGUACUUCGAGAUGUUUGUCAAGGUCAGCCAAUGAACCGUCAGCCAUCGUAUCACUCAUUGUUUGUUUCACUCCUUGUUUGUACACUUGCACACCCAUACUCCUCUGACAAAAGGAGAAAGAACAAGGUAAGUUACUCAGUCAGUCGUGAAGACGACCUGCAUGCCUUCGUACUGCUGUUCUUUCCCCCAUCGCUCUUGCAGGUGCGACCCUUUUCUGACGGAUGGGUGCAUCCCCGUCCAUCGAAGCGCCCACCCCUUCCCGAGCGUCGUGAUGGUGCAGUCGACGGACAGAAAGACAGACAGACAGUUGACCGUAAGGGCUGGUUUCGUGUAUUGGUAGGUAUGUAAUUCGUCCAUUCGAUACGUUGAUGGUGCGUCAGGUGGCAAUUAUAUAUGGUCCACGUAUGCUGAUUGGAUGAUGUGGGUGUCGCGAAUGACACAACAUGCAUAGGUGCGACACGUUCGUCGAAUCGUGUGGCUCUCUUGCUGGCGUCAUCGCAAUAUGGAUGGAAACGCACUCACAUGUGCACGGGACCCGCCAGAAGAUAUCCCACGUAUGUACAUCAAUCAGCCGCGACAUUGUGCCAGGAGGGCGUCGCCCGCACAUGCCGAGUGGUCUCGGAUAGACGGUGGCCGAAAUCCA